AUGUCAGUUUUGCAGAAGAAUGUAGUGUUGGAUGCCAUCCACCACUGCAUCAAGGAGCACAGCCAGCUCAUCUGGAAGGAGGUGGCUAGCACUGGCAUCCAGGAGCUCCUGGCGCCCUUGAACCUGGAACUCAAGCAGCCUUUGGAGAAGACCUUCCUCUUCCACAUUUACGGGCUGAUCCUCAGAGAGAGUGCCAACGAGGAGCUGGUGAGAAGGCACCUGGCCGACCUCCUGGAGCUGUCCCACCAGUCAGCCAACCAGCGGGAGGGCAUCGCUGCUGCCAUCGGCAUCGUGUCUUCCUCGCACCUGCCGGCCGUCUGGGCCGCGCUGGAGCACCUGGGCCGCACCAGGUUCCUGCGGACCGCCUUCAUGUCCCCAGACUGCCAGCAGCCGGACCCCGACAGGCACUGGAGGUGGGUCGGUUGCACCUCUCUGCUCUGCUACGGGCAGAUGGCCCUGCACGCCAGAGAGCAGAUCCUGCCCUGGGUGGACAACGUCAUCUCCAGGAUGGUCUACUACUUCUCGUGCAGCUGCUACGACAACGUCCUGAAAACCAGCUUCCUCUCGGCCGUCAUCAUGCUUGUGAAAGCUCUCAAGCAAGAGAACAGUACCCGGAGCUACAAAUUUUCUCAGAUACCAGAGCUUAUCCAGUGCCUCCUGUGCAUCCUUCAGAAGGAGCCCAACUUCCUGGCCACCCUCUUCCGGCAAAAGAUCAUACUGGUCAUUGUGGGACUGAGCAACCUACGGCCCAGUCUCAAACCCGUGGUCAAGUCCAGGAUCCUGCAGACCUGUUUGCAGAGCCUGUUCAUGCUCCCACCCAUGGAGAAGUUGAAGAGCUGCUUACCUCCGCUGGACCCGGCCCCGGAUGUCAUGGUGCUGUACAAGAAAUCCAUGCAGGCGCUGGACCUGCUUCUCCAGAAUUUCAUCUCUGAGAACAAGAGCAUGGAUGAGAUGUGCUUCCUCCUGCAGCACAUGGAGCCCUGGCUGCAGUCAGACAAGAGCCAUGAGUGCAAGCGGGUGGUGCAGACCAUCUUCCUGCUCCUCAAGUACGUGGUGGACUACGUGACGCUCACCGAAGAGGCCACGCCCUCCCUGCUGGGCCACCAGAUAGGCCUGCUGGCGCUGCUGUGGCGGGACAAGGACCCGGUGACGCGGAGCCACUCCCACCAGUGCAUCUACCUGCUCCUCCAGCUCCUGAUCCAGCAGAAGGGGAGCACGGAGCAGUUCAUGCAUUUGAACAAAAUGAAGAACUUUGAAGCAAAGGCCCGCAGAGAGUCAGAAAUGAAGUUCUACAACAUGGUGAAGGCCUUGAACAGGAGCCUGACCGUGGCCCAGCACACACAGCUCAUCCUCACCCUCCUGGAAGGGCUGGGCAGCCGUAGCCGUCUGCAGUGCGACCUGGCCUCGCAGCUGCUGCUCGUGAUUUUCGAGGACCACGGCAUUAAGGUGGAGCAGGUGGCCGAGAUCCUGCAGGGCCUGUUCCAAGAACUGCCCUCUGUCGUGUUCAAGAGCAUCCUGCAGACCAUGAUGAGGGUGGUGACAGUGCUGGGGACUCAGCACACCGAGGAGACAGUCGAGGUGAUACUGUCCCUGUGUCACCCCUCUGACAGACAGGUCCUACCCCUGUGGAAGGCCCUGGCCGGCAAUACCCGGCUGGCCCGCAAGGUCCUCACCCUGCUCUAUGUGAAGCUGAAGCUGCGGCCCCCUAAGGAGCGCAUCAGGCUCAGCCAGCAGGCUGAGCUCAUCUCCUUGCUGGCCCUGGGUACCAUUUACGAGCUGCUGUACACCCGGGAGUACAAGGCCACGGUGCGCUGGGCCUUUGCAGGGAUCCUCGUGGGCCUGCUGACACAGCUCCAUUACCUGUUUGAGCUGGAUGCGGUGGAGGGCAUCUCUGACUACCAGGAGGACAUCUUGGAAAUGAAGCCCCUCAGCCCCUGCAGGACCUGCCUGGAGGCCCUGAAGGGUCUCUUCUGGACUACCAACUACUGGGAGGUGUUUGCCUACCUCAAGCUGUUGAGAGGCUGGGAGCUCUUUGAGCACUUGGAAACCUACACAGAGGGAGUGACCCUCUUGGCUAGGGCCAUGGCCCACUACGACUGUGAGGUCAAGGCUGUCUUGGGGCAGGCAGUCAUCUCCCUGAAGAGCUCCGAGGAACGGGACAACAUCGUGGCCAUCCUCAUCAUCACAGAGUUUGCCCUGGCGGCUGACUGUGCCAACCCUAAUCAGUUUCUCAACAGCCAAGAGCUCACCCAGUACAUAUCUCGGAGAACCAUGGACAACUUCCUGAGCCUGGGCCUGAACAACCCCAACCAGCUGGUGCGAGCCAUAAGCCUGAAGGGCCUCAGCAGCAUCCUGAUGCACCCCAAGAAGGUGGUGCUGCUCCGCAAUCGCCUGGCCGGGCUGCUGGACGGCUUCGUGAAGCCCGAGCCCAAGGACCUGCUGGGCCUGAUGGAGAUCCUGGGCAACAUCCUGCACCACCUGGGCACCCAGGGCGUCGGCGCCGCCAGCCUCAAGAUGGCCCAGCACCUGCUGCCGCUGUUCGAGGAUGAGCAGGCCCCGGUGCGGGGCAGAGCCAUCUCCCUGUUUGGAGAUGUCAUCUGCAGCGGCGGCAAGAAGCAUCGGCCGGUGCUCAAGAGCUAUGCCUUCCAGGCCCUGGUACCACUGCUCUUUCACCUGGAGGACUCCUGCCCCAAAGUGGUCAUGAAUACAAAGCUGACCUUCCUGCGCUGUGCCAUCCUGCUCAAGUGGGAGUUUCGGAAGGAGCUGUUCGGGAAGUUGGCGUGGGGCCAUGGCCUAGGCGCUGAGAACGACAUUUUCAUCUACAUGGCGUUGAUUUACCUAGCCAGCCCCCACAAAAACCUGAAGCACACGGCCAUGAAGUUCAUCGGGGGCAUUCUGCAGGAGUACUUUACCGACCUCUGCUUUUCCCUGAAGAAGGGUGACCUGAAAAUCCUCAGGAAAUACAUGGAGGUCCUGAAGCAGGACCCAGACUCCGUGAGCCGCAGAUUCUACCACAGGUUUUUGGAAGACAUCAGUGAACUGUCCCAGUUUGUGAGGCAUUGAGCCCCAGCCGAGGCCGCACUUGUUCCUGGCAGAUGCUGUGUUAUUUCUCUAUUAAAUGUGACAGAGUUC